CACCGACGCCGAUCAACCCUCUCAAACCACGCCUCAUAUCGCCCUCAUUUCGCUGGAAAUCAUAGCAAUCGUUUCCUUCAAGAAUCGAGCUCAGAGAUGAAGUUAUGGAGACAAUUUGAAGAUAGCCUAUUGCUUCUAAUCCAUGUUUUCAGCAAAUAACCUGUUGUUUGCCUGAAUUUUGAUUUUCUCUCUUGGAAAUAUUUGAUAAUUGUUGGUGGGUCAUUUUCAAGGCAAGUUCUUUUCGAAUUAGUUUAGUUCGGGGGAUUCUAUGUCAGAGGCUUUUGUUAGGAAGUAAUUGGAUUUAAGGAACCAAUGACUUCGGAUUCGCCUAGAGGAUCGCCUAAAAUGGCUACAUUACCGCGGAGCCUUUCAUCCAUUGUAGUUUCAGUGGUAGGACUGGCGAUGUUCUUGAUUUUUGCUUCAUUGCUUCUGGUCUCAUACCCAAUAAGUUCCACUGUUCGUGGGUAUUUUUAUAGUCUUGAUAGAAAAGUAGUAGUGACCAUUUCUCCAGUUAACCAAAGCACUGUUGAAAAUCUGUUUUCUAAAAAUGUAGAUGGCAUACAUAAGAGUCCAUCAUCUGGGUCAGAUCUAGAAGUUCCCAUGAGCUCAAAUAAUGACAAGAAUGCAAUUCUAACUGAUAACAGUCCCUCAGAUGGCAUACAAGUGUCCAUUAGUUCCAGUGGUUCAGAAUCCAGCUUGAAAGGAAAAUCAACAAGAUCAAAAGGGGAGGAGGAGACUAGUGCUAAUUCUGCAUCAAUCAGUGCAACCAGUAGCGUUUCAGUUCAAUCACGCUGUGACCUGUACCAUGGAAAUUGGUUCUAUGAUCCGUUGGGCCCAUUGUACACAAACAACAGCUGUCCUAUCGUGACACAGAUGCAGAACUGCCAGGGAAAUGGGAGGCCUGACAAGGAAUAUGAGAACUGGCGCUGGAAACCCUCUCAAUGUGAUCUCCCACGAUUUGAUGCCAAUAAAUUUUUAGAGUUGAUGAGAGGGAAGACACUUGCGUUUGUUGGUGAUUCAGUUGCUCGAAAUCAGAUGGAGUCGCUAAUGUGUCUUCUCUGGCAGGCAAAAGUUCCUGUGAACCGUGGAAACAAACAAAUGCAAAGGUGGUACUUCAAGUCAACAUCUGUGAUGAUUGUUCGGAUAUGGUCAUCUUGGCUUGUCCAUCAGACUUCUGAAAAACUUGACUUUGCUCAAGAGGGUAUUGCCAAGCUGCACCUUGAUGUCCCUCAUGAGAAGUUCAUGGAAUUCACCCCAGGCUUUGAUGUGAUUGUUAUUUCUUCUGGCCACUGGUUCGCCAAACAGUCUGUCUAUGUGUUGAACAAUGAGAUUGUUGGAGGACAAUUAUGGUGGCCAGACAGUUCUCGGCCUAUGAAGGUUAACAAUAUUGAAGCAUUUGGGAUAUCUGUUGAGACAAGUCUGACCGCGCUUGCUACGCAUCCAAAUUUUACAGGACUGACCAUUGUACGUUCCUUUUCACCUGAUCACUAUGAGGGUGGGGUGUGGAAUACAGGUGGAUCUUGCACUGGUAAAGUAAAGCCUCUUGCGGCAGGUGAACUGGUGGAGAAUGGCUUCACAGAUAUAAUGCACAAGAAACAGGUGAUAGGAUUCGAGCGUGCCAGCAAGAAAAUAACAAAUAAAUCAAAGUUGAGGUUGAUGGAUAUAACAGAAAUCUUCAGUUACCGCCACGAUGGGCAUCCAGGUCCAUAUCGGAGCCCUGAUCCUAAUAAGAUCACGCAACGUGGUCCAGAUGGAAGACCUCCACCUCAGGACUGCUUGCACUGGUGCAUGCCUGGUCCUGUUGACACCUGGAAUGAACUGGUGCUUGAAAUCAUAAGAAGAGAGUUUGAGGGCAAGCAAAGCGCUUCCUCAUGAAGAUUCAUAUGCUUUGGUCAGAAAUGCCUGAACCUUUGUACCCCUGUCGUUGCAACAGUAACUUGUUUAGGCAGAUUCCACUUUAUAAUUUGAGGUGAGGAUUAGUUUAGUCCAUCCAUUUCUCCAGCAAAUUUUCUAAAGAAAUAGAUGAUUGUAGAGAUGUAAUAGAGUGGAAGAUAGACGACAAUUUGCCCCUUUUUUUUAUGCCUUUUUUUUUCAUCAAUAAUGAUAUAAAAUACAUGGUUCUAG